AAGAAAUGUACAGUCUACCUGUCAGAAACUUGUCAAACAGGUUUUGCAUUGCUUGAAUAGAUUUCUAUUUUUAGCAAACGUCAACACCGGGAACGGUCUAUUCUGGUACGUAAACGCUCAACCUGUUUACCAUUUUCGUUGUGAUAUUUUUUGGAUUUUCGUAAUAAUUGAGUUAACUUAAAACAGCUUGGGCAAGAUGACGACAGGAAACAAGACAGCACGGGUGAUUUUUCUGGUUUGCGACUUUAUCUUCUUGAUAAUGGGGAUCGGAAUCUUCAUAGCAGGAAUCUACCUGAAGGUCUCCCGCGCUGACUUUACCGAGGUGUUGGACAGUAAGGAAUUUAACUUUGCCACAGCACUGAUGGUCUCUGCUGGGAUCAUAGUUGUGGUGGUGGCCAUUAUUGGACUGAUCGGAGAGCGACUACAGAACCAAUGCGUGCUAGGAGUAUACCUGAUCUGUGUUAUACUUAUCUUCUGUUUGGAACUAGCAGCUGGUAUUACUGGAGCUAUCUACAGAAAUAGGAUAGAAGCAGCCUUGCAGAACGACAUGCUGAAUGGACUUAAGAAUACAGACAACCGUAACGCUUGGGACACAGUACAGGAAUUGUAUGAAUGCUGUGGUGUACACAAUGCCACAGAUUGGAAUAAUGUGUUUGACCCCAGAAAUCCAACCUGGAUUCCAGACUCCUGCUGUGGCUUUGAAAACUGUGGCACAACUGGGACACAGGUGGCAUGGACUAUUGGUUGUUUUGCGGAUGCUAAGGAGUGGCUGGAGAUGAACUACUUAACUAUCGUCCUUGUGGCUGUGAUUGAAGCUGUACUGCAGUUGUUCCUGAUUAUAAUGCCGAUAGUACUGAUAUACUUUAUAAGAAAAGAGAAAAAGUACCGAUACAUGUGAUGAACUGGGACUGACUGCUCACUAUGGUAACCUGACAUGAAGAUUUGAUUGGCUGUGUGUGGUCACCAAUGUAAGGCCACUGUUGACCUUAUGUGAUAAUGAGUGUAAGAAUGAUGAUCAUAUAUGAAUCUGUAAGUCGUUAUCCGGCAUCGAGAGAUAAUUGAGGCAACAAAGGUGUAAAUAAAAGUUUAACAAAAUCGUAAACAAAACUAUAAACAAAAUGUUGACACACCAUUCUUGCCACUCAUUCUGAACUGUUUCUGUCAAUAUCUCCGUCGAUGAAGUAGUUGCAUAUAUAUACCCUGUAUUAGACGAAUUUUGCUUCUUUAACAAAA